UCAAACUUCCGCAAAACUUUGCUCUCAGGAACAAAGUUCUGCAUUGCUCCAGUUCAAGCAACUCUUUUCCUUGGAAAAUAGUUCUUCUUCCAUCUGUGAUGAGUACAAGAUACAUUACUCUUAUCCAAAAAUGCACUCCUGGGAGGAGGAUAGUGAUUGCUGCUCGUGGGAUGGGGUUACAUGUGAUACAGAGACAGGUCACGUUAUUGGCCUGGACCUUAGUUGUGGUUGGCUUCAUGGCAACAUUCCUUCCAACACCACUCUCUUUCUCCUUCCUCAACUACAAACCCUAAACCUUGCUUUCAAUAACUUCAACCACUCUCAUAUUUCCCCUGGUUUCAGUUUUUUUCCUCGUUUGACUUACCUCAACCUCUCUUUCUCAAACUUUUCUGGCCAACUUCCCUUUGAAAUCUCUCAUUUGUCUAAAUUAGUUUCACUUGACCUCUCUCAGAACUUCCAAGUGAGUAUUGAUACCCCUGUUUUGGAAGGGCUGGUUCAAAAUUUGACCAAGUUAGAAGAACUGUCUCUUGAUUACAUUGACAUGUCUUUGACUAUAGUUGGCCGCUUGACGAAUCUGUCUUCUUCUUUGACAUAUUUGAGUCUCAAUGAUUGUGGAAUGCAAGGAAAUUUCCCAGAUAUUGUCUUUCGCCUGCCAAAUCUACAGUUCAUCAGUUUACGGUGGAACUCCAACUUAACAGGAAUUUUUCCAAGGGUUAAUUGGAGUAACCCUCUCGAGUUUUUGGAUGUCUCUAGAACGAGAUUUUCUGGAGAAUUAUCUAAUUCAAUUGGCAAUUUAAUGUCCUUGAGAUAUUUGAAUCUCUAUAACUGCAAUUUUGUUGGGUCAAUUCCUGCAUCAGUUGGUAACCUUACACAACUUGCCUUUUUAGAUUUUUCAGCCAACCAUUUCAUCGGUGAAAUUCCAGCUGAUAUUCUUGUCAACCUAACUCAAGCUUUUCAUUUAUCUAUCCAAAAUAAUCUACUGGUUGGUCCAAUCCCUUCUCGUGCAAAUAGGCUUCCAAAUUUAUCCUGGUUUUCUUUUUUUGGUAAUUUUCUCAAUGGGUCUAUACCAUCUUGGAUAUUCAAUCUUCCAAACGUGGAGUAUAUAGACCUUGGUUACAACCAACUAACCGGUCAUCUUGUUGAAUUUCAGAGUAACCUCUUGUCAUCCCUUUAUUUAGAUCAUAAUAGGUUUUGUGGCUCAAUUCCAAUUCUACCAUAUCCGUUGAGAUUCUUUCUUAUCUCAAAUAAUAAAUUGACGGGAAAGAUUCCUCGUUCGAUCUGCAAUAUGAGCUUAUUUAGAGUUUUUGAUCUUUAUAACAACAGCUUGAGUGGAGCCAUUCCAGAAUGCAUGGGAAACUUUAGCAAUGAACUCCAAGUUUUGGAUUUGCAGAAGAAUAGAAUUGAUGGUAGAAUUCCUGAUACAUUUGCAAGAGGCGGUCAAUUGAGAACGCUUAGUGUUAAUGACAAUCAGUUGGAAGGGUCGAUCCCACGAUCUUUGAUGAAUUGUAAGAUGCUUGAAGUUCUUGAUCUUGGAAACAACCACCUAAACGAUUCCUUUCCAAAUUGGUUAGAAAGCCUUCCAAAUCUACGGAUUCUUAUUCUUCGUUCCAAUAAGUUUCACGGUUUUGUACGAGAACUCUCUACGGUUUUUCAGUCGUUUGCUAAGUUGAGAAUCCUUGAUCUUUCAAAUAACAAUUUUAGUGGUUCUUUACCAAAGAAAUAUUUUGAAAAUUUAGAAGCUAUGAUGGAUGUUAAUGAAACAGAAAGGAAGUUGCGAUAUAUGAGUGAAGGGUAUUAUCUAGAUUCUGCAAUAGUGACAUUGAAAGGCUCUGAUGUGGAAAUAAUGAAAAUUAUUACUACUUUUACUUGUAUAGAUUUUUCAAACAAUAACUUCCAUGGAGAGAUUCCAGAACUAAUUGCAAAUCUUCAUGCAUUGCGACUCCUCAACCUUUCCCACAACCGUUUAAGUGGUUGCAUCCCGUCAUCUUUAGGGAAUUUGACAGGUCUUGAAUCAUUAGAUCUUUCUUCAAACAAGCUUGUGGGAGAGAUUCCAUAUCAAUUGACAAAACUGAAUUUUCUUCAGGUUUUAAACUUGUCCCAAAACCAACUCACAGGACCAAUACCUCUAGCCAACCACUUUGAUACCUUCCCAAUUAGUUCAUACAGUGGCAAUAAGGGAUUAUGCGGGUUUCCCAUGCCAACAAAAUGUGACACUGAUUCACCACCACCAUUCUCGAUGUGGGAAGAUACAGAGCCUACAGAUGGAUUUGGUUGGGAAGUUGUGUUGAUAGGGUAUGGAUGUGGAAUGGUAUUUGGAAUGUUGAUAGGAUAUGUUGUAUUCUCAACUGGAAAGCCUAAAUGGCUUGCGAAGAUUGUUGAAGUAGAACAUCAUAGAAAGUUGGGAAGGGCGUGAGCAACCGUGGAGGAAGAAGAGGCCAGUGCAUGCGAGAAGCUCUCUUGUGUUAUAAGCUUUUGUCAAAAUGUCUUUCUUUUGUACGUGUAUUACUGUAUAUAG